CAAAUCAGUCGAACGGUGAUCGAACGGUUAGACGUCAGUGUGGAAGAAACACAUCUCAUAAAGCUGCAACACAACUCUACUUGCGAACGCUACGAGUUUACGUCCACUGACAAGGACAUGGAUCCUUUUACUCAGAAACUACUUGAGAGAACGCAAGCUCGUAAAGAGCAACUCGCCAUGAAAAGGAUGGAACUGGCUGCUUGUCGUACAAAGAGGAAUGCCCCAUCACCCAAUCGUCAACCGCUCACUGAAAACAACACAGAGAGAAACAUGCCGAACGAAGCUGAAAGCAAGCAUACGAAACAAACUCCAGCUCCAAAUACACUGAGCAUCCCAAUAAAAAAGCCUCAGGAAUCACUGGAAAACAGUGAUUCUACAACGCAAAAUCGCCACACUGAAGUUCGAGAGGUGAAAAAUCGUGACAGAAUUCAAAGUGAUCCAAGUAGUCCAUUGACAGCAAACCAAAAUCGAACAGCUGUGGACCACACUAAAAAGCAAAGGAUCCUAAGUGACAGCAGUGUAUCUGGAAGUAUUUCUUCAAGACUGAAAUCUGAGGCAGAAGUAGAAAGCCCCUCAAUACAAGCUCGUCGGCAAAUGUUGCUUGAGAUGCAGAAGAAAGACAGUGAGGUGACUCCAAAAAAGCACUGGAAGAAAGCAGUGAAUGUGACCCCUGCUGCCGACACCAGUAGCCCCAGUGUAGCGGCACGCUCGGCAGCAUUCCUUAACCAGCUAGCUGAGGAUUCUACACCAAUCAAAAGGCACGUUCAAGUUGUUUCUAAAACCCCAGUCACCCCUGGGAGACUUGCUGAAGCAAAGAACAUCUUUGAAAAAAAUAAAUGUACAGAUAGUAGAGGACCUGAGGGAAAACCCCAAAAGAUCAAUAUGGCCGGACCCCCCAAGCCCCCAAGACUGGCCAAAGUACCCGACUCCCCGGCAAGUCCUUGCACAAAGAGGAGGGCACCUGCACCCCCUGUCAAAUUAGAUGACAAGUCUACUAAGAAGCCGUGCAAGGAGGAACAGAACACUGAAAGUAAUGCACCACAAAAGAACAAAGAAAAGGUCAAUGAUAACAAGCAGCGCAAAAGGCAAAUUGAAGAAGGCAUAAAAGGUGAAGCUGAAACAGAGUCACAAAAUGGGCAAGUGAGAGGCAGAGAAGAAAGGAAGAAAGCCAGAAUAGAAAAAAGCUAUGAGGAAAGUGAUGUUGUUGUCGCUCAGCCUGUAGUUGUAGAAAGCAGAAGGCACCGAGGUGAAGCAGUUGAGGCUACAUUCCAGGAGGCUGGUUUUUGUAAAAGCUCUUCCUCUGCAAGAGUCCAAAGAGUUCCUACAUUUGAGCAGAAAGAGAUGCCUAAAAAGUCCACCAAGGUGAUAUCAAUUGGAGAUGUCAGUGGGGCACAUAAGGGCAAUGAGUCGCAAGAUGCAUGUGAUGCCAUUAUGCAGGCUUUGUCGUCAGAGGAAGACAUCGCAAGGCUGGCUCCAAGCAAACCGCUGCACACCUCUUCCUUCAAAGGAGGUCAGGAUCUGGGUCCCUUCAUGCUGCGUAGCAAUUGUAGCCUUACUCACCUGAAAGAUGCGGAUGAGCAAGGUGUCCUUGAUGAGACUGUCAACCUGAAUGACGUAAACAUUCAUGAGAUGACAUUCACCUUUGACUUCAGCAACUUUGAUAAGAUUGAAGAAGAGAGGGAGACAAAAUUCCAAAAGAGCUUCAAUGAGAAAUGCCAAGAGCUUGAAAAGGAAAAGCCAUCUGGCAAGUUGUCAGCUGAAUGCUCAACUGGAACAAAAACAGCUACCCGGGAAGAUGUGCAAGGGCAAAAAAAGCCAAUGGUUGAGAAGAAUGACCGGGGAGUGUACAAGUCUGGUUACCAGUCUUCCGCAGAUGAUAAAUAUGCCACAAAGUUGCUAGUGAAGGCCAAACCACCAAGACCAGAGAGGCCCAAGGCGACACAUGAUAAGCUUAAGGAGCUCCUGGAUGAGGCUGCCUCUCAACAGAACAUCGUCCUGCAAAUGAGUCAAGCACUAAAUGUCUGUGCCACCAGCCAGGAUAUAUUUGGUGGUUCCCAGGAAGAGGUUGAAGCUGAGCGGGUGUUGCUGUUAGCUGCUGAAAGAAAGCAAGCCUGUUUGAAUGAGCACCAGCGACUCAAAUCUCGUCCCCAUGAGAGUAUGCGUGGACGUACCCGCCCUGAGAUUGGUCAGCCGUGCUCAGCAUCAGUAACUUUAUCUGGAAUCAAGUUGUCAUUGAAGCAAGACUUCAUGGAUGUUUUAAGAGUUGGCAUCCGUCAGGAUGUUGGGGUAUUCCACUUUGUUCUGCAUAUUCAAAGCGGCCCGAUGGAAAUCACAUCUUCCAAGACCCUGUCCACCAAUGACUGCACUGAAGGGAACACCCUCACAUUCCCUGACAAGUUUGUUCUAAACGAUCUCGAUCCUAAGUUUGCCCUGUACAUCAAAGUCUUUGGAAUGAAUGUCCAAAAGCCCAACUUAAGUGCCAUGACACCGAACCAGAAACAGAGACUGAAAUCCAAGCGAAGAGUGGAUAGCCCAACACCAGGUGCUGAGAACCUGCCUGUGUUCAGAACUCCCAACUUCCGCCUGGUGGGUGUUGCACGUAUCACACUAUCUUCUGUCAACACCAAGAAACUGAGCCUUGAGUAUGUUCCUGAGGGCUGUCCCUUGAAUAAGCACAUCUAUGUGAACACGCGGUGCAUGCCUCAAUACAAGUGCCUGGUUAAAGGAUUCUUGACUAUCCUAGAAGAUAUAGGUGGUUAUAGCGCCUGGCAGCGGCGCUGGUGUGUCCUGGAAGGUGGCAUGUUGUCCUACUGGCUUUACCCUGGGGAUGAGACCACCAAGGCACCAUUAGGCUCAUUGGACCUCAGCCAGUGCGCCAGCAGUCAUGUGACUACUGUGUCACGAGUUCUGUGCGCCCGACCCAACACAAUGGAGCUGGUCAUCAAUAAGGGUGAUAACAACAGUAUCAAAUAUCUGCUGGCAGCAGACACCAAGGCUGACAAAGUCACAUGGCUGGACAGUCUCAAUGAGGCGCUAAAAGACUACAAGGCAUGGAGUGACUGCCAUAAGAGGGUCCUUUAUCCAGAUCUUGCCCCCGUCGACCAGCCCCCACCACGCCCCAAGAAGCCAGAGAGAGAAGAAGUACCUGAAAUGAACAGCUCAUCAGGCAGUCCAUCUGUCAGUCUAGUAUGACCAAAAGCUUCCAGCUUCAUGUGCUCCGGGGCAUAGUUUUAAUUUUAUUGAGGAUUCACUAUACCAUGUUCAACGAUUUACUUGACAGAUGGCCAAGCAGUUAUCAACAAUCAUAUUUUGGAUUUGUGGUGCUAAUAAGCAGGUGAUGAGUCCAAAAAUUUGGUCAGCAAACGACUAUAUUUUACAAAAUCUGAAAGCUACAAUGGUCUGUUUGAUAACUGCUGGACUUAUGUGAUGCCUCCACAAUUCAGAAGUAAUGAACUUUAAGACUACAUCCAUCUUACUAGAACAUGACACUAGUGGCUGGAGUCCAAUAAAUAAUGGCUGGUAAUGUCCAGACAUGCUAACAAUAUGUAUGCAGUCAUUUAUAAGACAGCUUAACUGGGGAAAUCUAUGAUGAGCAAUCUUUAAUUGUAUUAAGCUUGUAGGAGAAUUCAUAUCUACCGAACAUGGAAAGCCUUUUUGCAUUUUUAGAUAAAGUAUUUGUGAGCUAAUAUAAAGUAAAAAUAAGGCAUGUGGAAACAUAAAACACAUUUACGGUACGAGUCAAUUCAGACAAUUUUUAAAACCUAUAUGCUUUCUAGUAUCCUUUGCAUUUGUUCUGACCUGACACACAAUGUGCUUAUUAUGCUCUAAAAGUGUUAUUUUGUAGCAUCCUACCCAAAAGUUUCCUGUAUCUGAUUGCUAUAGGUUUUAAAACAUUAGAAUGGAGAAAGGAAUUUUUGGCGAUUUGGCUGAGGUAAGCAGUUUUUACUGAGCUCAAGCACUUUGUGUGACAGGGAUAAGGACAACUGCAUAAGAGACUAAAUUAUAUUCUUGCACAUCUUGAUAAGCAUUAGACUACUGUAUGUGUCAUUUUUAGAGUUAUUUUCAUUAACCUGACUUACACUUUGACCAUCAAACUUUGUAUUACAGGUUGAUGAAAACCACUCUAUUUGCACUAAAGCAGAAGCAUAAUUGUAAAUAUUAAAAACUAGGUAUUUUAGAAUAAAGUUGAGAUUAUUUAGA